CAACGGUUUGCGUACUUUAGGUGCAUUUUUAAUGCUGAUCCCGGAACGUAGUUAUAUUAUUCGUUCAAUCGAAUCAUUUCAUGGAUUGGACGACUCCUGUACAUGGAAAAAUUCCCCACACACUGUGGACAAUGACAUGGAGUCUACACGGAUGCCUUUCUACUUGUUGGAUCGCUCCACCUGGUCAUUUGCAUAAGAUUCAACUGCUUAUGAGGUUACUUUGUUUGUUUGCUGGGGUACCUAACAAUGAACCAUGCAGUCCCCAGCAAUGGAAAAGAGUAUAAUAAAGUUCCACCAUUGCAAGAAGGAGAUAUACUGCUUUUUUGUGCCUGAACAGUGUCCCAUUUGUGAAGAGAACCUAAGUGCCAUGAGAUUAGAAGAGGCACCUGUUAGCAUUCCUAAUCCUUUUGUGAAUGGACAUCGGGAAAAAUGUUCAUUUGUACUUCGCCCUACCAAAGGAUCAUUUCUCAAGGAUUACGAUGGACAGUCAGACCUACACGUGGGAAUUACUAAUACUUCUGGAGUUGUUUACAAUUACAAUGAGAAUGGAAUCCUGAGAGAUACUCAGAGUUGGGAGCAUUGUGUUAGUGUUCCACUCGUACAACCUGAUAUGUACAGCUUACUGGAUCAGUGGAAUAAGUAUCUAGAGCAAUUUUCUGAAUCGGAAACCUGGCUUCCUUACAGCUAUGAUGAAGUGGAUCAUAACUGCUACACUUACGCCUUAACAUUUAUUAACUGCGUUUUGGCAACACAGGGAAAGCAUCCACUCAGUAAAAAUGAGUUUACAGAGAAGUUUGUACUACCAAAGACGAAGAGAGCUUCUAGAUACAUUGCCAUCUAUAAGGAGAUCUCUGAAAAUUAUUUUCAUAUUGUAGAGUGUUAUUCAGCCAAAGGAAAGCAAACAAGAAGAACAAGAAGAGAAAAAAGAGUAGCGCACUGUUUGAAAAAAAACAUCAAGCUCCCCUGCAUUGCAUUGGUAGUACACAUGUUGUGAUUUACUGAAUGCAAAUCUGUGCACUCACGAGGAAUUAAAUGUCUCAGAAAGUCUAAAACAAAGUCCUUAGGACGAAGUAUAUAACACGAAGAGAUGUGUAGAUAAAUUCAGGUUGAAAGUGCCACCUUGUGUUAUUCUCUCCUUACUGUACUACUGUAAAGUAACAAAAUCAAGACAUUUCUGGAGUGUUACAAACUAUUUGUGUGUGUUUUUUUCCGACUUUUUGACUUCUUGCCUUUCUGAAUUGCUGUAAGGAUUACAAGGCUGAAAAAUCAGCUGAUGCAAGAUACCAGUAAAUGGUGAAGGUGUUUACAAGGAGUGAAAGAGAAGCCAUGUGUCUGUCCACCGUACAACCUCACAGAUUUGUAUAAUUAAAUUACAAGGCAUGGUGUGCCAGAGACAGUGUUUCUCACUUUCUGUGAUUGAGUUCUGGUACUGUCUCUGUCUCCUUUUGCUGUAACAUAGAACUAUUAGCCCAAUAAAGAAGUGACUUUAAGAAUUUGUUAUUUAUCUCUAAAUAUGGGGUUUGAAGAGAUUACUAACCUAGCACUGACAUUCUUUAAAAUUAAAUUCAGACAUGUUUUCCUGGCUGUAGUUGUGAGAUGCUUAAAAACAUGUGCAUUUACAAGUACAAGUGCAGUAUAUAAAAUUAUGUGUAAAUCUCAUUGAUGAUUAAAUAACUGAAGUUUAAAAGUGAUAAGGAAGUUAGUAUGAAAACAGAAAUAAUAUAUGAUGCUUAGAACAUAAAGUACAAACACAGUAGUAUCUUUCAAGUGCUUUCAGACUUAAGCUACUCAUAACCAGCUCCAAAGUUUCAAAGUGGAUGUUUAUUUACAAGAAUGAAAGAAACUGGGAAAUAAACAUAAAAUAAAUUCAGUCCUUCAUA